UCGGCAGUAGAUAAGAUGCAGGAAGGCGGUGCUAAUAAAAGUGACUCUGCCCCCAUUGAGGAGCUGGAGGCGUCAACAGCGAUAGCGGCGGCAGCGGCAGAAGAGUCGACGGCAGAAGCAGCGGCAGCGGCAGAGGCAGAGGUGGUGACGGGAGCGGAUAGUGUUACGAGCGAGCAACCAGCGGCUGCCACGAUGGUGAAGAUCAUAGGAGACGUGACUGAAUUCCGAGCUACGUUAUUAUCUUCUGGGGACAAGCUCAUAGUUGUUGACUUCUCUGCCACAUGGUGUGGACCAUGCAAAAUGAUCAAGCCCUUCUUCCAUAGCAUGGUUGAAAAAUAUCCAGAUGUAAUCUUUGUUGAAAUUGAUGUGGAUGAAGCUCAGGAUGUGGCCUCACACUGUGAUGUGAAGUGCAUGCCAACAUUCCAGUUCUAUAAAAAUAAUGAAAAGGUGCAUGAAUUUUCUGGAGCAAAUAAAGAAAAGCUGGAGGAAGCCAUUAAGAAGUAUAAGUAACCAAAGGUUCCUAAUUCAUGAAGUGCUGACUGUUAAAUUAUAGCCUUUUCUACAUAACUGAUCAAGUUAGAAUAUGUAUUCAAAUAUACGUUGACCCUUCAGUCUGUAAAUGAAGAGAAUAAAAAUAUAUAAAAGGU